AUGAGCAGCGGAAUUCAACGAAAGCGCCUGGCCUGCGUAGAGUGUACCCGUCGCAAAGUCAAGUGCGACAAAAUUCUACCGUGUCGCAAUUGCUCGAGGAAAGGCACUCCGUGCACUCGACCGCGCGAGCGGGCUUCCCCGAGCCUCAGCGUCGAUCAGUCGGAAGGGCACAAUGAGCGAAACUUUAUGAUUCGGUCGAACGCAGAUGCCUCAAGUGUGAUUGAAAGGCUUCAGUCGCGAGUCAAUCAGCUCGAGUCUGCGUUGAAAGAAGCCAACGAAGCCGUCUCACGUCCGAGUAUGCCGAGGCCCGAAGCGCAGCUUAACAGCAAUUCAUUCUCACCGGCCGAGUCAGUUUCAAUCAAUACAUCUCCGAUAUCCCUGCAUACUUCGGCACCCACAGUACAUACGGUAGAUACUGAACCGGGGAGUACACCGAAUGAAGUGGAAGACGCGGCGACAAUUCUUGAAUUCUUGGCCUGGGGUCGCCGUAAGGAUCCCAUCUACCAGGAUGAAAUCGCAAGAAGAAAUAACAUUGACCACUCCCCUGGAGAUAUACCGGUGGAUGGUAAAUGGGAGGAUAUUCGCACUCAAGGGAUAUCAGCAGAAUCCUUUUGUCAGGCCCUGCUUCCUACAAAACAAAAAGUCUACCAAUUGGCCAAGUAUCACUGCAAGUGUUUGCUGUGGUAUCAUGGAGCAUUCCACGCAAAGACAUUCAUGCAGGAGCUAAGCGAUUUCUACGAAACGGGGGAAGGCCGAAUUGAUGGAUCCUGCGUCAAUUUGCAAUGGGUUUCUCUUCUCUUCGCUGUUCUUACAGGAUCUAUGGCUAGUGCGCCUACUUCAACGGUACAAUCAUGGGGAUUCCGCGAGCGAGAGCGAGACUCUUUGUCCAAGCGCUGGCUCAAGGCCUCGGUUGCAUGUUUACAUCAGGCUGACUAUAUGGCGUGUCAUUCCAUUUACUCUGUUGAGGCGAUAGCGACUCUUACUAUAUCCGCACACAUGUUGGGACACUCCAAUGGAUUCUCAGUGCUUCUCGCCUCGGCUGUUCGAAUAGCCCAAGGUCUUGGGCUGCACCAACUUGGGGAAGAAAGCGAUCUUCGGCCUACCGAUAUAGUAGGCCGCGAGAUUGGCCGCCGCAUCUGGUGCCAGCUGUGCAUUCAGGACUGGUUCUCAAUUCCUUUUACCGAGAGCUAUUUGAUACAUCGGCUAGGUUUCAACGCCAAAAGACCAGAAAACUGCGACGAUGAUAUUCGCAGCCUUUCAGAAGAUCACCCUACCGUGACCAGCUACUCGCGUAUAUUCUAUAAUAUCGCGGCUCUGAUGCCCGAUCUGCAGGACGAUGUCACUUCAUGCAACACUCUAUACACGAAAUACGAAGAAGUACUGAAGUAUGAUCGGCGACUGCGCACUUUGGCGACACAACAUCUCCCGUAUUAUUUGCAAAACGUACCUUUGGAUCCAGCGUGGCCGUGCUACGUCCCCUGGGCGAGGCGCAGCUUAGCCAUCAGCUCUGCUCACAAAGUGAUCAUGAUCCAUCGAAAGUUCCUGAGCUUGAGCUUUGUCAAUCCGAUGUUUGAGUUCACCCGCAAGACCUGCGUGGCGGCCUCGAGAACAAUUAUCAAAGAGCAGAAAGAAGCCACGCGCGAUGGCGGGCCGACGUUGUGGAUUCACCAGGCUUUCGGCGUCACUGCAAGCAUAAUCCUGUGUCUAGACAUGUGGCAUCAACCUGGACCAAACCGCCAAACCGCCGAGCACCGGCAGCUCAUAGAAGAUGUAAUUGAGAUCCUAACGCAUUGCGAGUCGGAUAUGAUUGCUCGGCGAGGAGUGUCUCUCCUGACAGCAAUGUUAGAUGCGGAACAGAAACGGAACCGAGAGAGGAGACACAUCGCAGAGCUGCGAGAGUCACGGCUUCUGGACGUGGACGUGGGCAUGGACGUGUCGCGAGAUGGCAUGGACAUUGCAGGGAUCAUUCGCACGUUUUAUCAGCGUGAUCGGGCCAGUUCAGCCCACCCAAUGCUCCGGGCGCGACCGGCAUGGAAAGCGAAAGCGACCGGGCAUGAACAUUGGACUGAGAUGACGAGUGACGAAUCCGGGAUGAUGCCAAAUAUGGAUCUCAUAACGCCGCUGGGAGUUGAUUAUGUGGAAGGACUGGAUGAUUUCCUAAACCUGGCCACAAAUUACCUCAACUAG